ACUACGGAAACCGAUGGUACUGUACGUCCAUCUGCAUUAAAUUCUCACGUGCCGUGAUUGUUUAACAGUACGAUAGCAUGACGGGCAAAAGACGAGUGCAAGUCCGAUAUAGUGGCCGCACAAACAUCUUCAACAACCCCAACAAGCCCAAUAAUAUCCUCGCACCUCUUCCACAGCAGCUCUGCCUACACACUUACACCCCACCAUACACACAAAAACCUACCUACCUACAAAAGGCAGGCAUCGUCUCCGCCCAUCCACCUCUUCCUCAAAACUCAAACCCACGCCCACGCCUUAAGAACUCUCCCCUCUCACCCCGCACCCAAAUGCACAUCCCACCACCACCCCGCGCCCAUCCAGCCCAGACCCCCGUCCCGGCAGCAACAACACACACAGUAGUACGCAAUACCAGCCAACCGGACCACACGCACCGCCGCGCGAGACACUCGCACCACUUCCCCUGUCCUGCUUCACGAGCGCACAAAAGCAUGCAUGGGCUAGAGUUCAGCCCAUCAAAGCCGACGACGGGUCCGGUGGGCAGCUCCUGCGCUCCUGCGCUCCUGCGUUCCUGCCGUGGCUACCUAGCGGACGGUAUGCCUGCGCGCGGGCGGGGAGGGGGAGAGGGGGCUUUCGGCCUUUGGUACUGUUUCCGGGCUGUGCUCAGAGCAGGGCGGUUGCUGGUGGGAUGGGAGGGGUUUUUGUUUUUUUGAGUGGUUGGGGGGUGCGCUGGGGGCUUUUUGCGGACAGGCAGACAGACGGUGCUGCUGGCUGGGUAGCUGGUGGGGAUGGUGAUGGUGGUGGUGAGAGUGCCGUGGUGGCGUCGCGGUGGCAACACGCACAGCAAGCCAGCAGCACAACAGCGCCCACCCGCGCGCACAGAAAAGCGCAACAA